UUGAUUGUAAAGACAUUCUGGAGGGAAAUGAGGGUGCCGAAAAUGGCGUAUAUCAGAUAACUUUGCAGAACUCGGAAACAAAACAAGUUUAUUGCGACAUGACAACAGACGGCGGGGGCUGGACGGUUUUCCAAAACCGGUUUGAUGGCUCGGUUGAUUUUAAUAGAAACUUCUCAAUGUUUGAAAACGGAUUUGGUGAUAUCAACGGUGAAUUCUGGCUCGGUCUAAAGUAUGUACAGGAACUCGCGGAAUUGCCGACUGAACUUUGGUAUGAUGUGUCACUUAAUACUGAUGAUCGUGCACAUGAAAGAUACGAUCGUUUCAAACUUAUUGGCGAAAGUUACAUACUUUUCCUAGAUGCAGAAUCUGCAGAGAAAACAGGCCUUGCGACCUUUGCCAAAUAUGGUUUCGCAAUUCUGAAUGGAACUGAAUUUGUACCCUACUAUCCAGACCUUUCACAAUACUGCCGCAGUUGGUGGGGGCGAAGUGCUGACCCGUGCAUGUACAUCAAUUUCAACAAGGAAUAUGGCGACAACAUAUUUUUGUUCGACCAAGCGUAUAGUCCAUUAAAAACGACUCGAAUGAUGAUACGGAGAAAAUAGAACAGAAGGCAUUUUGACAUAACCGACGAAGACCUUAUUGAAUUGCAGUGACCAAUAACUCAGCAUAUAAACCUUUGAUAGUCUGGAGCUUAGAGGUUAUUAAAUGUCAAUUCAAUGUUUGAGGUAGAUUGAGAGACCACUAUUGCGAUAUAAGACAUGUAUGAAUAUUGUGUAUUUUAUUUUUGUACCUCACUUAACUAACUUUUAACUUUUAUAAUUUCUCAAAAAAAAAAUGAAAAGUAAAA